GUCCUAGUGCCGCGGCGGCGGCAGCGGCGGCGGACGGCCCAGCCGGAGCCCGGGGGGCGCGGGGGGCGAGAGGGCUUGGCCGCGCGGAGCCGUGGACCCGGGGAUCCGGGAACGGUGCAUCCGGGGCCGCGGGAGGAGUGUGGGUGGCCGGGCAGCGGCGCGAUGCCGCUCGCCCAGCUCAAGGAGCCCUGGCCGCUCAUGGAGCUAGUGCCGCUGGACCCGGAGAAUGGCCAGGCCUCAGGGGAAGAAGCUGGACUUCAGCCAUCAAAGGAUGAGGGCAUUCUCAAGGAGAUCUCCAUCACGCACCACGUCAAGGCUGGCUCUGAGAAAGCUGACCCAUCCCAUUUUGAGCUCCUCAAGGUUUUGGGCCAGGGAUCUUUUGGCAAAGUCUUCUUGGUGCGGAAGGUCACUCGGCCUGAUAGUGGACAUCUCUAUGCCAUGAAGGUGUUGAAGAAGGCGACACUGAAAGUGCGUGAUCGUGUCCGGACCAAGAUGGAGAGAGACAUCCUGGCUGAUGUCAACCAUCCAUUUGUAGUGAAGCUGCAUUACGCCUUUCAGACCGAGGGCAAGCUCUAUCUCAUUCUGGACUUCCUGCGUGGUGGAGACCUCUUCACACGGCUCUCUAAAGAGGUCAUGUUCACAGAGGAGGAUGUGAAGUUCUACCUGGCUGAGUUGGCUUUGGGCCUCGACCACUUGCAUAGUCUGGGCAUUAUCUACAGAGACCUCAAGCCUGAGAACAUCCUUCUGGAUGAGGAGGGCCACAUCAAACUAACUGACUUUGGCCUAAGCAAGGAGGCCAUUGACCACGAGAAAAAGGCCUACUCCUUCUGCGGGACAGUGGAGUACAUGGCCCCUGAGGUCGUCAACCGUCAGGGCCACACCCACAGUGCAGACUGGUGGUCCUAUGGUGUGUUGAUGUUUGAGAUGCUGACGGGCUCCCUGCCCUUCCAGGGGAAGGACCGGAAGGAGACAAUGACACUGAUCUUGAAGGCGAAGCUAGGCAUGCCCCAGUUUCUGAGCACAGAAGCCCAGAGCCUCCUGCGGGCCCUGUUCAAACGGAAUCCUGCCAACCGGCUUGGCUCCGGCCCUGAUGGGGCAGAGGAAAUCAAACGGCACGUCUUCUACUCCACCAUUGAUUGGAAUAAGCUGUACCGUCGAGAGAUCAAGCCACCCUUCAAGCCUGCUGUGGCUCAACCCGAUGACACCUUCUACUUUGACACAGAGUUCACAUCCCGUACGCCCAGGGACUCCCCAGGCAUCCCCCCUAGUGCUGGUGCUCAUCAGCUCUUCCGAGGCUUCAGCUUCGUGGCCACCGGCCUGAUGGAGGAUGACAGCAAGGCUCGGGCCACACAGGCACCGCUGCACUCGGUGGUACAGCAACUCCACGGAAAGAAUCUGGUUUUUAGUGACGGCUACGUGGUAAAGGAGACAAUUGGUGUGGGCUCCUACUCCGUGUGUAAGCGCUGUGUGCACAAGGCCACCAAUAUGGAGUAUGCUGUCAAGGUCAUUGACAAGAGCAAGCGGGACCCUUCGGAAGAGAUUGAGAUUCUUCUGCGGUACGGGCAGCAUCCCAACAUCAUCACUCUGAAAGAUGUGUAUGAUGAUGGCAAACAUGUGUACUUGGUGACCGAGCUGAUGCGGGGUGGGGAGCUGCUGGACAAAAUCCUGCGGCAAAAGUUCUUCUCAGAGCGAGAAGCCAGCUUUGUCCUACACACUAUCAGCAAGACUGUGGAGUAUCUACACUCACAGGGGGUGGUGCACAGAGACCUCAAGCCCAGCAACAUCCUGUAUGUGGAUGAGUCUGGAAACCCUGAGUGCCUGCGCAUCUGUGACUUCGGCUUCGCUAAACAGCUGCGGGCUGAGAACGGGCUCCUCAUGACACCUUGCUACACUGCCAACUUUGUGGCUCCUGAGGUCCUGAAGCGUCAGGGCUACGAUGAAGGCUGUGACAUCUGGAGCCUGGGAAUUCUGCUGUACACCAUGCUGGCAGGAUACACUCCAUUCGCCAAUGGGCCCAGUGACACACCAGAGGAAAUCCUGACACGGAUCGGCAGUGGGAAGUUCACCCUUAGUGGGGGAAAUUGGAACACAGUUUCAGAAACAGCCAAGGAUCUGGUGUCCAAGAUGCUACACGUGGACCCCCACCAGCGCCUUACAGCCAAGCAGGUUCUCCAGCACCCAUGGAUCACUCAGAAAGACAAACUCCCCCAGAGCCAGCUGUCCCAUCAGGACCUGCAACUCGUGAAGGGAGCCAUGGCAGCCACAUACUCUGCGCUCAAUAGCUCCAAGCCCACUCCCCAGCUGAAGCCCAUUGAAUCAUCUAUCCUGGCCCAGCGGCGGGUGAGGAAGCUACCAUCCACCACCCUGUGAGGGGCCAGUACAUCCAGGCCGCAGGGUGGUGCUAGCUCGAAGGAGGCAGCAUACUUCCCAGAGGGAGCAGGCCUGAGUCACAGGGCCAGAGGGAGCUGGAGCCCCGAGGACCCAGGAAGCAGCCAGCCCACAUCACCCCAGUGAGGGUGUGAGAAGUGCCUUCUCCUUGCCCAGGAUGGACUCUUCUCAGCUCAGGCUCUGCUGGUUGAAAUUGAUUCACUGUACAAACUCAUCUUUGUUGAAGGGAAAAAAAUCCAAGGCAUCAACCACCAUGGAUUUUUACAAGAUCCGUUUACCUUUCUGGCAGCAGAAGUAGCCAAGGCAGCCCAGGAGAAGUACUGAAUCAUGCUAGGGUUCUAUGUGGCUGAGACUCCUCAGAGCAGCUUGGGUGGGGGACCCCCACAAUUGGCUGUUUGUAGCCAUCUGCACACACCUCCAAAGCAGUCCAGCGUCAACGUCCAGAGACUUUGGCUGUUUAGAAUGCAUUCUAUCCCCAGCGCCCUUUCCGUUCUGUUCUGCUGGGGGGGUCUGGAACCACAUCCUGCUAGAGGCAAGGAACAAGGCCCAACCGACUCCCAGCUCCAGACACCAGCAUCCGCAUCCGCCCCGCCAGUGGGUCCCUUGCAGUCAAGUUGGGCUGCCCCAGGGGAAUCAUCAGAAAGCACUUUUUGGCCGACUUCUGUUGGGGUCUGCCACAGGACCGAGUUCACCGAAGGCCAGUGGGGCAGGCCACAGGGGUGAGGGGCUUUUUGUUUCUGUUUGUUUCGUUUCUUCCUCAGCUGGAUACUCAGGGUUCAUCUGUCCAUGGCCUUUCUAAUAAACUUACAGUUGAGUUGAA